AUGGCCAAGGAAAUGUUCUCAAACCCCGAAAACGACGCCAGAGAGGAUAAAAUGGUUACAACAAACUUCUGGGAUGCAAAUAGAACUCAUGAAGUCGUGAAUGGAAAGGAUUUGCGUGAAUUCACAACAUACAAGACCUCGGUUCAUAACAAAGCGUCUCUAAAAAGUCUGAAACACUUCGAAGCCAGAGCCCAUGGUAUAUGA